AUGGCGGCACUGGCGCCUGGAGCGACCGUCCUCAGCUCGUGUAUUGGAUGUCAAGCCGGAACCGAGUAUAUUCACAGGGAAAUUGAGGGCGGAAUCCAUCUGAUGACGUUCAUCGCCUUCAUCCUCGUUUCCGCCAAGGGAAUAAUUUUUGAGAAGCGCAUGAUCGGGGCACGACAACAUAUACCCACAAGAGAAUAUAUGGCAAUGGUCGUCCUAUUUUUCAUCGUCAAUCAAGCGAACAAUUACUCGCUAUAUUUUGACGUCAGCAUGCCGUUGUUCAUCAUUUUUAAAUCGGGCUCUUUGCUGGCCAACCUCCUGCUCGCCAGGGUGAUACGACGACAGACGCACUCAUGGUCCAAGAUUUGCGCCAUUCUUCGACCGGCAUGGUCGGCCCAGCCGCCAGAGUGGACGCGAUGGCUGCCGUUCCCCGCCUUCUGGAUCGGCGUUUUGCUGAUGUCGACGGCGCUGGUGCUCAGCGCGUAUCUGGGCAUCAUGCAAGAAGACUUGUUCCGCACAUACGGAAGGCAUCAUCAAGAAGCCCUGUUCUUCGUGGAGCUCGAUGCGAUGCAGAGCGACAUGGACUCGAGCCACCACCAACACACCACGGCGAUCCUGCAGGAGAUGAUGGCUCAAGUCGAAAGAGAUUACGAAGGCCCGGUCGCUCAUGAGGAAUUCAUCCGAUUCGAGAAGGAACCACGCCCUGAUGAUUCCUACGACCGUGUUAGUGACGACUCUGGACUGAUCAAAGGGCUGGAACCCCUGGAUGACAGCAAGGUGCUGCUGCCGGACGACCCGAAGCACGAUUUCGAGCUCAUCGAGAACAGCUCGAAGCAGUCUCCCAACAAGGCGCUCAUCGAGUUUUCUGAUGAGAUGAACGGGCCUGCCGAACCCAUCGCCAAUGACUCUGCUAUUCCAACGAAGCCCGAGCCGAAGCCAAUGACGACUUCUAUGUUUAUCGUCGACGAGCCGGUUCCGGAAAUCCACUUUCACGACUUUGAGUUGACUUCGGCGCUCAAGCUGUUUUCCUUGGUCGACGUGCGCCUGGUCCAUGGAUGGCUCCCCGAUCCGCAGCUCACCGAGCUCUGCGAGCUGCUCGAACCACGCUCGUAUGUUGACGCAGCGAUCAAGGCACUGGAAGCCUCCAACCACGGGCUGAUCAUCAAGGAAUUCUUGGACAGCACGAAAAGCCAGCUGACUUACUAUGGCCUCGAACGCUUGAACCAUGAGCUGCAGGAUAACGAGGUGGCAGUUCUGUUCCGCAACAACCAUUUCUCUACGAUCUAUAAACGACGGGACGAACUUUUCCUCCUCUGUACCGACGAGGCCUUCGGAACCGAUAACCAGGUCGUCUGGGAGACGUUGUCGAAUGUGGAUGGUGAUUGUUACUUUGUCGAUUGGGAUUUCCGCACCUACUCAUCUGCCCCGAGUGAUUACGUCCCCGUGAGCGAUGAGCACCACAUUACCGACCAGCCGGGCUCUUCGGGGCAAAUGGAUUCUGAUGAGAGGCUGGCCCGGGCCCUCCAGGAAGAAGAACAUCGCGCGUCUCGCGAACGCUCCUCAGCUCACCGAAUGGCACCCGAACGGACGCUUUGCAAAUACUUUGCGAGCGGUGCCUGUACCUACGGUGAAAGCCACGAUUUUUCGGCGACGCGGAGCAAUAUUUGCCAAUAUUAUGUGCAGGGAAACUGUCAAUAUGGAACCCGUUGCCGCUACGACCACAUCAAGCCAAAAAAAGAGCCGAGGAAAGAUGAAGCACAAGGACGCAAAGUGGCGGAAGCCUCGGGGUCCCGAAAGCUGCCGAAGCCCAUACAACUCUGCGAUUUUGAGAAGAAAGCCAGCUCUUCCGGCCUAAAUGUCAACGCGCAAGAAUUCGUGCCUUCAUGGGUGACGUCUGAUCAACCCAAAAAUUACGCGAGCGCCGCCGGCUCGCGUCCAUCGCCGCAGAUUCGCCCGUUGUGCCCGUAUUUCGAAGAGAAUGGCGAAUGCAAAAAGGAGGACAUGUGCGAAUUUGUGCACGGCGAUAUGUGCUCGUACUGCAACAAAAACGCGCUUCACCCGUUCGACAACGAGCAGCGGUACAAGCACGAAAUGGUGCUCAUCGAUUACUAUAGAGAAAAUACCGGCCAGAAGAUCUGCAGAUAUUACAAAGGUGCGACCAGGGCGGGAGAGGGAUGCCCAUUCGGAAACAAGUGUUGGUAUCGGCAUCAGCUUCCCGAUGGCAGCAUUGAUCCCGGAGAGGAACCAGGGUCUCGCGUUCGCCCGAAGCUGCGCCACUUCCUCUUCCCGGAAGAUGAUGAGGAUGUGGAUGAUGACUCCGACUCCGAGUACCCGUUCCGAAUCUCGGCACUCGACGACAACAGCCUGAGCAUCGAGUCGCUGCUCCGCGAAUUGAUGCGACGC